GGCCCCGCCUCCCCGUCCCGGCGGCGGCCGCACGGUGCACGGCGUGCAGCCCGGCCAGGGAGCGGCGCGGCCAGCGGUCAGUGGGCAGUGGGCAGCCGGAGCCACUGCGGAGCGCGAGCCGGACUGCGGCUCAGGACUUGCGGACCAGGACGGCGGGUGGGACAGAGCCGUAGCAGCGCCGCCCCUUCCCCAACUGAGGACGAUCUUCUAGAAUUAUUCAAGCAAGGGGACAUCCAAGCCGUGACAUAUGCCAGUGCCACCGCCCCCACCGCCGCCUUUGCCCCCACCACCUCCCCCCACCGGGGCGCCCCCACCCCCUCCGCCUUUGGCAUCUCCGGCAAGCACAGAGGCCCCCAGGCUGAAGAAGGACGUGCCCCAAGGUCGGAGUGCGCUGUUGGCAGAUAUUCAACAAGGGACGCGCUUAAGGAAAGUCACUCAGAUCAAUGACCGCAGCGCCCCUCAGAUCGAAACUUCAAAAGGAGCCAACAAAGAAAGCGCAGGUGCUCCUGGGAAUUCCCGAGGGGGUACCCCACAGGCCCUGGGAGGCCUGUUUGCAGGAGGCUUUCCUGUGCUGAGACCAGCUGGCCAGAGGGACGGCUCAGGUGGUGGCUCCCGAGCUCCGUCCCCUCGGCUUCCCACGAAGACCAUCAGCGGUCCGCUGAACCCCCCUGCUUCUCCAAGACUCGGAAAUGCAUCAGAAGCCUCGGCCCUUGGCAGAUCUGUCCCUCCCCGGCCCAAUGUGCCCGCCCCUCCUCCUCCCACCACCCCUCCCCCGCCUCCGCCCCCCCUCCCUCCAUCCGUGUCUCUCUCUGCCAUCGUCAAGCCCCCUCUCGUCUCCCCUCCGGCUCUGAUGACUAAAACGAGUGCCCAGAUAGUCGCCCCCCCGCCCCCCACCGUGGCCCCCCCACCUCCUCCCCCAACGCCCCCUCCUCCUCCUCCACCUGUGCAGGGCGAGAAGGCGGCUAAGCCUGCUAUUGGGCCGUUGCACCUGCCCCCUCCUCCGCCCCCUCUCCCUCUCGUUCCCCCCUGUGGCUUUCCUGGGCCAGUGUCAGAGGCUUCUGGCCCCAGCCCUGCCCCGCCGGACCUUCGAGAUCCCCCUCCUCCACCCCCGCCUCCCCCUCCACCCCUCCCUCUUUAUUCCUCUCCUUCCCCCAGGUCAGCCCUGUCCCCAACACCUCUGCCAGGCUCCAAUAAUAGCGGCGAUGCCGCCCCUCCGCCUCCACUCAAGUCCCCCAAGGCCAGCCUACAGUCCGUGCCCCUUCCACCCACCCCCCCAGCCUCGCAGUCCACCAUUCUGGUGCAGAAGAAAAGACCUGGCAGAGGAGCAGGUACUGGUGGCGGGAAGCUGAAUCCACCUCCAGCCCCCCCAGCAAGGUCCCCCACGACAGAGCUGUCCAGCAAAAGUCAGCAGGCCCUGGCCUGGGUGGGCACACCACAACCUGGAGCCCCUUUAAAGAAUGGAAACUUCCAUAUCACAGAUGACUUUGAGUCCAAAUUUACUUUUCAUUCGGUAGAAGACUUCCCUCCUCCCGACGAAUACAAGCCAUGCCAGAAGACGUAUCCCAGCAAGGUCCCCAAAAGUCCAGCUCCAGGUUCCUGGCUCCCGGCAGAGGCAACUGGUCGAGGCAAUGAGGACACCAAGGGUCGAAAUGCUCAGUUACCAGUGAAAACUCUACGAUAAGAAGACAGAUGAUGCAAAAGUCCCAUCAUAAUGCCUUGGUCUGUACAGCAGGAUGGAGGAUCUGCCCUAGAAUGCCAUCAGCAACCACACCAAACUCAAGUUUCUGUUUUUCAUCUGACAGAUGAGCUCAGCCACAAGCUCUUAUUUAUUUAUAAUUAGGUCAUUUGCACAGGCUUUGAAUCAGUAUUGUAACUGUCUCUUAUUUUAGCGAUUUAUUUUUGAAAUGUGCCCAGAUGUGCAGCAGCCCAUUUGUCCAAGUCAGUACAAAGAGGAGAUUUACCCCAGCCUGAUUAGUGGUAUUGGAGAGAGCAUAGCUACUCCUCUCCCUGUUCAGUAUUCAUUCCAUGACUGUAAAUAGCCACAUGGCCUGGCCCUUCUAGUGUCUUUAUAAAAAACCAUUUUUUGAAUCAUCUUUAGAGAAGUUUUAGCUAGUCCCCCUGUUCAGGAGUACAUGGCAACUCGUCAAUGACACGAUUUCAUAGUCUAAUUGCGCCAGCUAGGUAAUGAAACCAAAAAUGCCUUAUGGAAUGGAUGAACAAGCAACGUACCCACAUUACAGCAAAUUGAUGCCACCAGUCAGCGCGGAAUGACCAGGAUGUCAUGGCUCUCUACCUUUUCUCCCCCUUUCCUCUGAUUUUCAAUAUGUGGAUUUUGUUGUCUAGUGUAAAUAUGACCCUUAAUAAAAAAAGGAGAGAAGGAAUUUUGUUUCCAUAC